AGUUAUGGGCCGCUCUGCCCCGGGACUGUUAGAUCAGACUGCAGCCGCACAAUCUGUCCGUUUUUUGUUCUCCUGUGUUGAUAAGAAACACGUGAAGAGCCUCUGCGCUCCGCUGCCAUCACUUCUUCCAUCUCUGUCAUCUCUAUCCAGUCUACAGAACAUCAGGCUCAUCUGCAAAGGGACAAAAUGAAUGGGACAGUGGACGGGAUGUAUGACCACGCUCCUCAUGACGGCUCCUUCAUGUUUACCUCUGAGUCUGUGGGAGAGGGACACCCCGAUAAGAUAUGUGACCAGAUCAGUGAUGCUGUGCUGGAUGCUCACCUGAUGCAGGACCCGGAUGCUAAAGUGGCCUGUGAGACGGUGUGUAAGACCGGCAUGGUGCUGCUCUGUGGUGAGAUCACGUCUCGAGCCAACGUGGACUACCAGAAGGUGGUGAGAGACACAAUCCGAGACAUCGGAUACGACAACUCAGACAAAGGCUUUGACUAUAAGACCUGUAACUUGUUGGUGGCCCUCGAGCAGCAGUCCCCUGACAUCGCACAGGGAGUCCAUAUUGAUCGACACGAGAGUGACAUCGGAGCUGGAGACCAGGGUCUGAUGUUUGGAUACGCCACGGAUGAGACAGAGGAGUUAAUGCCCCUCACCGUUGUUCUCGCACACAAACUCAACGCCAAGAUGGCCGAACUGAGACGUAAUGGGACUGUCCCCUGGCUCCGCCCCGACUCCAAGACACAGGUGACGGUUCACUACACCCAAGAGAACGGAGCUGUGAUCCCCAAGAGGGUUCACACUGUGGUGAUCUCAGCGCAGCAUGAUGACAAUGUGAGCCUAGAGGAGCAGAAGAAGGUCCUGAAGGAGAAGGUCAUCAAGGCUGUGGUCCCAUCGAGGUACCUGGACGAGGACACUGUCUACCACCUGCAGCCCAGCGGACGCUUUGUCAUUGGCGGACCACAGGGCGAUGCUGGAGUGACGGGCAGGAAGAUCAUCGUCGACACAUACGGGGGCUGGGGGGCUCACGGCGGCGGGGCUUUCUCUGGGAAGGACUACACCAAGGUGGACCGCUCAGCUGCCUACGCCGCCCGCUGGGUGGCAAAGUCUCUGGUGAAGGCCAAACUGUGCAGGAGGGUGCUGGUGCAGGUGGCGUAUGCGAUCGGAGUGGCCCACCCACUCUCCAUCUCCCUCUUCACCUUCGGCUCCUCUCACCUGAGCGAGAAGCAGCUGCUGCAGAUCGUCAACAAAAACUUUGACCUCAGACCCGGCGUCAUCGUCAGUGACCUGGACCUGAAGAGACCCAUCUACCAGAAGACGGCCUGCUAUGGACACUUUGGCAGGAAGGAGUUCCCCUGGGAGGUCCCAAAGAACCUCAAAUUCUAGAUAGAGUGUCUGUGUGUGUGUGUGUGUGUGUGUGUGUGUGUGAGUGUGUGAUGUAUAGACAGCUGUCCUCGUGCUGCUGUAACCCAGUAAGAGGAAGGCAGCUGGGAGGGAUGGAUCGGGGUGGGAGCAGAUAAUCUCCAGUGAUUGGACGAGAGGAAGGAGGUUCCUGUAAUUUACGACCCCUCAAUAGAAACAUGAAAUAUGA